GUACACUUGUGAGCUUGUGCUUAAUUAAAGGACCAACCAAAACAGUAGACGAAGAAGUUACUAUAACGUUCGAAACGAUUGCCAUCCAUUGCAAACACUCGUUCUGUUAACCCAAUGAAUCCAUACGAACCCGUAGAGGGACUGUAUGUGAAUGCUAAACAAUAUCAUCGCAUUCUCAAACGGCGAGAAGCUCGUGCUCGACUGGAGGAGCGUCUGCGUGGAAUGCAAACGACGAAAAAACCCUAUCUGCACGAGUCAAGACAUAAACACGCAAUGCGUCGCCCCCGUGGCCCUGGUGGACGAUUUUUAACAGCAGAAAAAGUUUCACAACUGAAAGCCCAAGAAGCAUUAGAAGAGGGCAAGUCGGAAAGCCCAAACGGAUCAGAGACUCGUGGUUUGAUGGAUACACUCGAUACAGCCCCUACGACGACCACCACUACCAACGAAUUUUUGGACACUAAUGAUACCGCAGAUGAUAGUCCGUCUUCUACCCUUUCUUCCCAUGUUCCUAAUAAUGCCGCUGGCGGCCCGGCAGGGUUGGAUUUAACUGGUUCCAGGGAAGAGACUCAACAUAAUCCUUCGAUUUUUGGUACUACUACAAAUUCUAAUUUUAAUACCGUUUCUGCUAAUCCGAACCCUAAUGCUCUUACCCAUCCUGGUGGCGUAGAUGGAAACAGAAGUAGUACUCCUUCUGCAGCUGUUCCCUCCCAUACAUCUACAGACACUACGAAUAUCGGUCCUUCUAAUAGCUCGAUUAAUGCUCAGAUCCAUAAUUCUACUGCAGCUACCAACAAUCAGCAUCAUCGACAUUCUAAUGCCCCCUCUAAUGCUCCUACCUUGACUAGCAACGAAAACAUACAACUUCGGAAUGCUAGUUCCUCCGCUGUUUCGAAUCCUCUUUCAGUAAAUGAUCCAGGAGUAGAUCUUAACUUGUCGAAUCCAAUAGUCAUGCAACUGGAUCCUUCAAAUCUUCUGCAUUCACCUUCUUCUAAUCAAAAUACUCCCCGUACGUCCUUUUUCCCUCCCUCAACUACUACUGAAGACAGGCCUUCGCCACCAGUGUCUAACCGUCACCAUUCUACUGCCAAUAAUACCGAUUACGGAAAUCUACCUACUACGACGCAUCCGAACAGUGUCUUUCAUAAAAAUGCUACACAUACUUAUCACACUACUCCGGGUUCCGAAUUAACGGGACCAAAUGGGGAUUCAUUUGCAGAUUUAGACGUAUACCAAACGGACGAUCCGGUAACGACGAGUCUUAUACAUUCUCAACAUCCCAUAGGAUCAAUUGGUGAUUUAAGCGAUCCAAGUACUGCUCAUGGCUCUGGGAUCCCAAACUUGACCAGCCAUCACAUGGGUCAUCUUAAUUUAACAGGCAAUAACCAAGAUUCUAUAAUUAUUGAUCAGCAACCAUAUACUUCACAUGAUUCCACCAGUGCUCAUCCAUGAAUGCUUGACAGUCAGUGAUUUUUUUUGGCAUUUUUUUUCUUGUUUUGAUCUCCCAUUCAUAUGCUGUCGAAAAUUCCCCCCACUUAUUUCUUAGAUCUUAGCAAACACGUACUGAAAACCGGUUGUCUGUGCCGAAUGACAGAAAAAAGAGCGAGAAAAUAAAAAGUUACUUGAUAUCAUUUUCAUUUUUAUUUUUUAAAAUAAAAAAAUGAAAGGUCUGUUUACUAGCAAAGCUAAUAGAAUAUGAGCAAAUAAACCAGACAAAUCAACUCGUUGCAUUCAUCACGAAUGAGCACGGUCCACUAUUUUCUAAUGUUUCAGAAUUAGACUUAAGCACUUACCAAAUAACCAGCAUAUGCCAGCCAGGCUAGAUAUGGAACAAGUAUCUUUGAGGCCGUAGGAGCGAUCGGCCACCAUGUCUUGGCCAACCAACCUACGACACCUGUCAAAGCACCAAUAUUGAGGAGGGCAAGUUUUGGCUUUUGACAACAGAAAAGUGGCAUCCAAGAAUAGUUUAGGGCCAAUUGAGUUAGAUACAAAGCCGCACCUUUGCGACCAGCAUUGGUAAUCAACAGGGGAUCUGCUUGGUAAGCCAAAUGCGAAGCAUAACCCAUGGCAAAGUACAAAAUCGUCCAAGCGGGCCCAAAGACGUAAUCAGGUGCUUGAAAUUUUGGCUGCUUGCGUGUCUUAUAUCUGUCCAUUUUGUUUUUAUUAAGACCAGCAGUUAUCCAUCCGAAUGUUGUAGGGACAAGACCGGCGAUCCACCAGGUUUGUGAAAUGCUAGUAAAAACUCUGUAGUUCAAAUCCAUAGCUGUGUGCUUUCUUUAACUAAUCCUUUGGUUAAUAAACAACUAAUGAUAGAGGCACCUAUGCACAAAAGCAAUUGGAACCCAUCUACUAUAUACCAAUAACUUCGUUAAUAUUGUCGUAAAAAAACUAAUUGCUUGAUAUUUGGAAAAGGUAUCUUUUCCUGUACAGGAAGGAAAGAAUAUAAAUAUUCUAAAACUAAGCUUCAACAUUGCGUCAUAAAUCCAUAAUGAUUUCAAUCGAACAUUAGGAUUCUAAAUAAGGGAUUUCUAACAGGUCCAGUAUAUUCUACGUACACAGUUACACACAAUUGAUGAUUUUAAC